UUAGUAUAUCGAUUCAGAUUGAGCAUCCUUAUGAAAUACUAACCUAAAACGAAAAAAACAAAUAAAAACCAAACUAUUACAAAUAAUAAUUAAAUUCAAAUUAAAUUGUUUUUCAUUCAAAACGCGAAUACUCUAAAAUGGGAGAUGAAGGAUUUAGUAAACUACUUCAACAAGCAGAACAGUUAACGACUGAGAUAGAAGGUAAUGAAGAAUUGCCGAGAGUUGAACGUUCUUUAGGGCAAGUUCUCGAGGCCUCCCAGGAACUUUACUCGAGAGUAAUACAAUCUGGCGCUAACGAUAUUCAAGCGCACUUAUUGUUUGGCUCUAAAGGAAUUGAUCUAAACCAAAUCUCACAAAAAUUGGAGACACUUAGUUCAAAGCGUACUUUUGAGCCCCUCCAGCCAAUAGCUGAUUCAGAUAUUGAAAGUUUUUUGAAGAAUGAAAAAGAAAAUGCUAUAUUAUCCCUUAUUGAUGAAGUCAACAAAAAUUCCCUGCAAACAACAGAGGAUCAAAAAUGGGAACACAUGCUCUCAGAAUGGAAUAAAGAAAAGAUCAAACUCAUGAAUGCAAUGAUUGGUCCCUCACAAAACUGGCUAGACUUGAAACGCACUCCUGAACCUCCUAGUAUUGCUGAUGCUCCUAAAAAAUUUGGACAUUCAAUGUUGGAUAAUGUUGAAGCAGCAUAUGCCAGACAGGUUCAUCAGUAUAAUAAAUAUGUAUUCCAAGGUGCUAAAUCAAGAACAGCUUUGCAUCAGAAAUUUGCUCAGGUAGCUGAGGACUUCAAUGACCCUAAAGUAAAGGAGAUGUGGGAUAUAAUAAAUACAAUGGCCAAUAUCCCAGCCCUGGUGAGAGAUGAAGAUCCACUGAAAGCAAGAGGCAAUCCAGCAAUACAACAGUGUCUUGUCGCACAAGGAAAGAAAUACUUACAGAAAAGGUACAAACUAUACAUGAAUGAUGUAGUACGUGCCAACCCUGCGGCUGCCCUCCGCGGCGGCGAACCUGGUACAUACCCACUUGUUCGAGGAUUUGUAGGGCUACGUCUUCAGGGACAGAAUUCACAAGGUUUCACUGAUGGAGUCAUAGAUGAACGCCCACUCUGGCCCAUGGUUUACUAUUGUUUAAGGAGCGGAGAUCCAAAUGCGGCAUUACAUUGUUUGAGAAAAGCUGGGCGUGAUCAUGAAGAAUUCAUAGCUGCUUUAGAAGAGUAUAUCCGAAACCCUGAAAAACCACUAAGCGACAAACUGCAGACAGCCAUAAAUUUCCAAUACAGAAUACAAGUUCGGAAUUCUACAGAUCCUUAUAAAAGAGCAGUGUACUGUGUGAUUGGUUGCUGCGACGUGAGCGACGAGCACUACGAGGUGGCGCGUACGGCCGACGACUACCUCUGGUUGAAACUCUCGUUCAUAAGGACGCGCAGUGCCAACGAAACGGAAUCGUUCUCUUAUUCAGACCUACAGAAACUUAUUCUGGAGGAAUAUGGUGAAACGCAUUAUCAUGCUUACGAAAAACCGGUCGUGUACUUUCAAGUGUUGGCUCUGACUGGACAGUUUGAGCCAGCUAUCGAAUUCCUCUCGAGAAUACCAAGAUAUCAAGUACACGGUGUUCAUAUGGCUCUUGCGUUACAUGACGUUUACAUGCUGGGCACACCGAGGAAUGUUCAAGCUCCACUCCUGUCUGUGGACACAGAAGAUCCACCACCGUUGCGUCGUUUGAACUUAGCGAGACUGUUACUGCUUUACGUUAGAAAAUUUGAACUGACUGAUCCCUCUGAUGCUUUGCAUUACUACUACUUCUUAAGGAAUCUAAAAGAUCCGAGCGGUAAGAAUUUAUUCAUGUGCUGCUGCACAGACUUGGCAUUGGAGAGUAGAGAUUACGAGCUCCUAUUUGGUCGAAUUGACGCUAAUUCAAGUUUGAGAAGCCCUGGAUUGGUGGAUCAAUUCAAUAACCCUCAUAUUGACAGCAAGGUGAUUGCGUUGAAUGUUGCUGAGCAGCUCGUAAACAAGGGCUUAUUUGAAGAUGCUAUUACCAUGUACGAUAUUGCAGAUAAUUUGGAAAAGGUCGUAGAGUUGUCCUGCGUAUUGCUAGCGCAGGUGGUGAAUAGCGGCGGCGGGGAAACCGGAGUGCGCGGUCGGCUCGCUAAACGAUGUGAACUGACUGACGCGAGGCUACGGGCCUCCACCGAAACCUUACCGCCGUCAUUGCUACACGCCUAUACCAAGCUCUGCAAACUCUGCAUCUUCUUCGAUCAGUUCCACGCUGACAAUUACGAUGCGGCACUUGAGACACUAGGCGAGUGCGAGGUGGUGCCGCUGAACGCGUCGGAGCUGGAGGCGCGCGUGGCGGCGGCGCGGAGCGGGCGCGGGGAGCUGCUGCGCUGCCUGCCCGCCGUGCUGCGCGCGCUGUGCACCGUGCUGCUCGCGCACCGCCAGCGGCUGCGGGCCAACGAGCACUCGCACCCGCUCUCCCAACAGAACAAUAAGCAAUUGGAGUGGCUUCGUGAACAAGCUGAAGUCCUGAAUACUUUUGCUGGCAACAUCGCAUACAGAAUGCCUGGAGACACUUACAGUCAAUUAGCGCAAAUGCAGAUACUUAUGCACUGAAGUAGUCUAGAUAUAAAUAAUUAAUAAAGAACUGUAUUAAAAUAUUUUUACAACUA